UUGGUUAAUGAGGAUUUUCAAUAGAUAGAUAGAUAGAUAGAUCCAGGGGCCCACGGCAUAAAGCUCUUCAGAUUUAAAUAACCAUUUUGGCAGGGAUUUACGUUGGCUUCGCGCGCUCUGUUGCUAUGACAGCGGCGGACGAUUGUGGGCAGCAGAGAGUCGGCCGGAUGGUUCGCUAAAAAGUCACCCCGGCGGAAACAGAGCAAGCGCACGCAGCAAAGUGAGGAGAACACAUUGAGAAAGAGAGGAAAGACACAGCCACGGAGCGAGAACAGGAGGGCCUUUUAAACGCAUACGGCCGAGAGGCUUCCUUUCAGAUCAUUCAGUCCUUUCUCAGUGGGAUGAACCCUUCUCAGUUUUCUGCAGCUGAGUCCUUUCUUCUGGAUGCACCUAUUACUGUAGAAGAAUUCUCAACUGCUCACCCCUCUACAAAGACCAGUAAACUCAGUAUUGUUCACUAACAACCUGUUCAAGAACCAGCUAUGCCAUUUCCCUUUGGCAAAUCUCACAAGUCUCCUGCGGACAUAGUGAAAAAUCUGAAGGACAGUAUGGCAGUUUUAGAAAAACAAGACAUCUCAGACAAAAAGGCAGAAAAGUCCAAUGGAGCUUUGCGUUGUUCUCAAAGUUCUCCCGCUUUACAAAACAGCGCAGCCACUCGCCUGGCCACAAGGCGCAAUUUUUCUUUGACCACGUAUUGUGCGGAAGAUGUGCAAUUUGGGGACAAAAUCAAUGUUGCAAUGAAGCUGCCCUGGGCCAAGAGGCACUCGUUAACGGGGAAAGAGAAGAUGGAUAAAACUGCAGUUCUAUCAGCUACAGAAGAAGUCUCCAAAAACCUUGUUGCUAUGAAGGAGAUUUUGUAUGGGACAAAUGAAAAGGAGCCCCAGACUGAAGCAGUGGCACAGCUGGCACAGGAAUUGUACAACAGUGGCCUCCUUAGCACACUCAUAGCAGACUUGCAGCUCAUUGAUUUUGAGGGAAAGAAAGAUGUUGCUCAGAUUUUUAACAACAUUCUUCGGAGGCAGAUUGGGACAAGAACUCCAACAGUAGAAUAUAUUUGCACUCAGCAAAAUAUACUUUUCAUGUUAUUAAAAGGGUAUGAAUCUCCAGAAAUUGCUUUAAAUUGUGGUAUAAUGCUGAGAGAAUGUAUCAGACAUGAACCUUUGGCAAAAAUCAUUUUGUGGUCUGAGCAGUUCUAUGAUUUCUUCAGAUAUGUGGAAAUGUCCACAUUUGAUAUUGCUUCAGAUGCAUUUGCAACAUUUAAAGAUUUGCUAACAAGACAUAAGCUAUUAAGUGCUGAAUUUUUGGAACAGCAUUAUGAUAGGUACUUUAGUGAAUAUGAAAAGCUACUACACUCAGAAAACUAUGUGACAAAGCGACAGUCUUUGAAGUUGUUGGGAGAGUUACUUUUAGAUCGACAUAAUUUUACCAUAAUGACCAAGUACAUCAGCAAGCCAGAAAAUCUGAAGUUAAUGAUGAAUCUUCUAAGAGACAAGAGCCGUAAUAUACAGUUUGAGGCCUUCCAUGUUUUCAAGGUGUUUGUAGCCAAUCCAAACAAAACACAACCUAUCCUGGAUAUUUUGCUCAAAAACCAAACCAAACUUAUUGAGUUUCUUAGCAAGUUCCAGAAUGAUAGAACCGAAGAUGAACAAUUCAAUGAUGAAAAGACAUACUUGGUGAAACAAAUCAGGGAUUUGAAGAGACCAGCUCCUCAGGAAACUUAAAAAUUGUUUAAAACAUUGCAACUUAAACAGAAAACUCAGCAUCUACUGUUAAAAAGGAAAAAAGCACCCUUAUUCAGUUCAUAAGGAAUAUUCUGCUCAUCUGCUGUUCAUUGAACGGUUGUUGUUUUUUUCUUCCCCUUUUCACAUAUAUGAUACAACUUAGCUGCCGCUUUCUUGCACAUUUUAGAACCGAAUGUGGAUAUAUUAUAUUUUUGUCGUUCAGACAAUGCAAAAAAUGAAAAUCAUCUUUUUGAGUGCUUUGUUGUAAAUUCCUAAUAGCUAUCACUAUAAAAUAGCAUGGUUUUGUCUGUAAAGGAGGGAGAUACUGGCUAUUGAACAUGGCAGGGUGCAUGUCUUUAAACAAAACAAGUCUGAGUUUUCCCAUAUAUUUGCGGUUGCUUUUCUUUGCUGAGUGUAGAACACACAUGCGUGUGAUCCGUGCUAAUCUUACUGCACACAUAGUGAACUAUGAUAGUAGCUACAGUUUCAAGCCUUGGUUUCAAAUAGAGAUUGGGCUUUAAAGAUGGCUGAGUUACAUGGAAACAUGCCUGUACAAUGGAAGUGUUGUGAAUAAGGGCAGCAUCCGCCACCUAAAAGAUUUAUGAAUGACUCUCCAGACAAUGAUUCUUAAAUGGAUCCACAGAUCCACAUGUACAUACAUUUUGUGUCUUUAAUGCUACGUAGAGGGUGUUUUUCUUUUUUUUUUUUUUCUCUCCUCUAUUCUAUUGAGGUCUUGAAAUUAAGUUUUUUUUUUUUUUGUUUGUUUUUUUUAAUUUUUCUUGAAUGGAUUUUCAUACAUUAGCAAAAGCAGUGACUUUGCAUUUCUCUACAGAGCUCAUUGCUAAUUUUGUUUGUACAGAACUACUUAGAGAGCAGCUCAUUAUUAUUAUUAUUUUCAUAAAUGACAUUUGUACAGCAGAGGAAUGUUACUGCGUGGGAAAAAAAAAAAAAAAACUUAACCUGGUAUUGAGUCUUUUCAAAUGGCUGUGCAUAGAGAAUUGAUUUUUGUUUUACUGCAGAUAAGAAUACAGCACAGAAGGUGAAAUUGCUGCAUUCCUUGCUGUAUGUUGUGCCAGUAAUGAGGCUAGAUAACUGUAGGUUAUUAAGAAUGCUGAAUACUGUAAACCUAAUGCCUCGUGGGGUACAGUUCCAAGUGCUUUCCUUUUAAGAUUUUUACUUGGGUGCAGAGGGGAAGGGGUUUCGGGGGUUCAAGGAUGUUGUGGUUUACCAGUAUAUCACUAGAAGACCAAUGGUGUCAAAAGUAAUUUCUGCCUGUACACUGUAUCUGUAUGUUACAUGACCGUUGACUCAAUAUAGUUGCUUGGCACAAAAGAAACAAUUAUAAAUUUAUGCACUUCUCCACUUGAAGAUAUAGAUAUUCAAAUGCUACAUAUGACCUUUUCCUUUCAAAAUUAUAUGCAUUGAGUUGUUCUUAUGUAGCUUCAGAUUUGAAUAUCAGUGUUAUGUUUUGGGCAGCUUUUCACCACUUGCUUUAGAUUCCAGUGUUGCCAAGAUUAAGAAAACUGAAGCAAGUGUUACAGCUCACUAACAAAAAAAUCUAUUAAAUUCUUAUGUUAUUAAGCAGUUGUUUAUUCAUCUCUACCAGAGAUGUGACAGCACUGUGGGGUUUGGUGCUGAGCAAAGGAUUAGGUUUUAAACUGAAAAUCUUAAAUUGCUCAGUGUGUAAUGUGCCAUUUCCAGUUUUUAACAUUUCAAACACCUCCUUUAAAGUAUUUGUAAUGCCAUGUGUUGGAGCUUUUGAUUGAAUAAAUAGCAUCGUUUCCCAGGAAGGAGACAAAGGGUGUCUCGUGGAAAUGAAUUGCAUCUGCAAUCUGUAAAUAAACAUUAAGCUUUGAAAUCUAGGAAAGCCCUGAAAGACACCCAGCAGUGACCUGUGCUGUGCUGAUCUGCUUUCUACCCACAAAAUUAGUUUUGCAGUAAGAAGAGUGCUGCCAUUAAGCAAAUAAGCACCAUUGCAUAAGAAAAUAUGCCACAGUCCACGGAACCAGUGUUAAAUUCUAUCAAAUGCAAGUGCAUUUAUUGUUAAACAAUAUGGGAAAAGACCUUCUUAAAGAAUAGAAGAAAAUAAAAAAAAGAACAAAUAAAUAAAAUUUGACUAAUCUGA